UUUCUUUUGUAUAAUGAUUUAAAAACUGAGACAGCUUUUCACCUUUCAAAUAAACAAGUAAUUGUUAGAAAACUAAUCCAAAAGCAAAAAACACAAAAACCCUAGUAAGAAAAAUAUAGUUGCUAAGGGUUGAAUUUGAAAUAUGAAAAUUAAAACACGGAGACGACUUUAUAUAAUAAGAUAAUAUUUACUUUUUAGUUAUAAUAAUCACUAAUUAAUACCUUCCUUUUUCUUGUCUUUAUAAACCAUCUCUUCUAAGCAUUAGAUCAUUUCAUCUUCAUCAAGCAUAAUAACACUUUGGAAGAAUAAGUACAACAACAAGAAGAAGAAAAGACAAAAGGAUUUGUAAGAAAAUGGGAAGAGCUCCAUGCUGCGACAAGGCAAACGUGAAGAAAGGGCCGUGGUCGCCUGAAGAAGAUGUGAAGCUCAAGGAUUAUAUCGACAAAUAUGGCACUGGUGGCAACUGGAUCGCACUGCCUCAGAAAAUUGGGUUGAAGAGAUGUGGUAAGAGUUGCAGACUGAGAUGGCUUAAUUACUUAAGACCAAACAUCAAACAUGGUGGCUUUUCUGAGGAAGAAGAUAGUAUCAUCUUAAAUCUUUACAUCAGCAUUGGAAGCAGGUGGUCUAUAAUUGCAGCUCAGCUUCCUGGAAGGACAGACAAUGAUAUCAAGAAUUACUGGAACACCAAACUGAAGAAAAAGCUGCUCGGAAGACAGAAACAAAUGAAUUGUCAAGACUCCAUCAUCCAUUCGAAUGAAAACAAUAUCAGCAACAACAACAACAAGAGUCCUCAAAAUCUGAGUAACUCGGCUCUAGAGAGGCUUCAACUUCACAUGCAGCUUCAGAACUUACAAAGCCCCUUCUCUAGUUUCUACAACAACCCUAUCUUGUGGCCCAAGCUUCAUCCAUUGCUGCAGACUACUCCGGCUCAAAACUCUAAGCUAGCAUCCCAAGAAACCCUCCACCCUCUAGGAGUUAACUUUGUUCAUCAGAAGAGUCAUAUCAAUCUAGCUGAGCUCAGCAAUGGAGCAUCUCCUAUCUAUUCAGACAACGUAGAACAAGCCCUCAACCCUGCUAACGAAUUUCAACCUAAUUUCGGUUUUUCGCAGGACCUUCAAUUAGAUAAUCAUAACAUGGACCUUAUGAACAGAUCAUGUGGUUCUAAAGAAUGGUUUCAAGUGGGCAACGAGUUUGGGCCAACGAACGAUUCGAGCUGGUGGUCAGAAGAAGUGGAGCUAGAGAGGAAAACAAUGUCGUCGAGUUCUUGGGGAUCAGCUUCUGUUCUUGAUCAGACGACUGAAGGAGUGGGUAUACUUCAAGACUACACUCAGAUGAGCUACCACAGUGUUUAAUCAUUUUUAUUUAUCAUGCAUAUGUACAUGCAUGUAUAAGUAUAGGGCCGGAUUAUUGAUGAAUUAUGUAUUAUUACAGUCAUAAG